CGAUGCAGUUGACGGCGAGGCUGUGAUUGUGUAUGAGUGAACACGUGUGUGUACGAACUUUCUGCUUCAGCUGUUGAUAAUGGCAUUAAGGUAGAAGGAGUGACGGUUCUGUUGGGUCGUUGAGGAGCUUGUGGUGUACCGUAGUGGAUACAGUCUGAGGAUAAUGUUGACGCGCGGAGUCGGGAUGAAUAGAUUAAUUAGUGGUUGUGUUAGAGCAAGAACAGCAGGUGUUUAUGUGAGGUCACGGCCAGCGUCAGUGUUGGAGAGGCGGUGGUGUAGUGGUGGUGAGAACAGGAGGACCCUCACCACGCCCGGCCCCACAGGUACCUACGACCACUUGUACUGGCGGUCUAUUAAUGACCGGGAGGCCUUCUGGGACGAGGUGGGGCAGUGUGUGGAGUGGCACACGCCCUACACCCAGGUGCUGGACAACUCGGAGGAGCCCUUCACCAGGUGGUACGUGGGCGGGGAGCUCAACAUCUGCCACAACGCCGUCGACCGACACGUAAGUGCCGGGCGAGGUGACCAGACGGCCAUCAUCCACGACUCCCCCGUCACCGCCUCCGUCACCAGGAUGACGUACUCCCAGCUGCUGGAACAGGUGACUCGCCUGGCGGGAGGUUUAGCGAGCCUGGGUGUGGGCUACGGUGACCGUGUCAUGAUCUACAUGCCCAUGGUGCCAGAGGCCGUGGUGGCCAUGCUGGCCACAGUGCGGCUGGGCGCCAUACACUCCCUAGUGUUCGGGGGGUUUGCGGCGCGGGAGUUGGCCACCCGCAUCGACCACCUGCAUCCCAGCGUGGUGGUGAGCGCCUCGUGUGGCGUGGAGCCGUCACGCCUGGUGCACUACAAGCCCAUGCUGGAUGAGGCCAUCGAGUUAUCCACACACAAGCCUCGCCACUGUGUCCUGCUGCAGCGGGAGGGGCUGCCAGAGGCGCCGCUCACCCCUGGCUGGGACGUGGCCUGGCACGACCUGGUGGCCACAUCACCCCCAGCUGACGCUCGGCCCGUCCCCUCCCACCAUCCCUGCUACGUCCUUUACACCUCCGGCACCACUGGCCAGCCCAAGGGCAUCGUGCGGCCCACUGGCGGCCACGCAGCAGUACUGCCCUGGACCAUGAAAGUCAUCUAUGGCAUGAACCCUGGCGACGUGUGGUGGGCAGCCUCGGACUUGGGGUGGAUCGUGGGCCACUCCUACAUCUGUUACGCCCCCUUGUUGAACGGCAACACCACCGUCAUAUACGAGGGCAAACCGGUGGGCACUCCUGAUGCAGGCCAGUUCUUCCGUGUGGUGCAGGAGCAUGGCGUGAAGGGCAUGUUCACGGCCCCCACAGCGCUGCGGGCCAUCAUUCGGCAUGACCCCGAGGCCAGCGAGGGUCGUCAGUACAACAUAUCCUCCCUCAAGUACCUGUUUGUGGCCGGUGAGCCGCUGGACCACGAGACGCGGGAGUGGGCCCUCGACACCUUCCAGGUGCCGGUGUUAGACAACUGGUGGCAGACAGAGACGGGCUACGCCAUCACCGCCCACGCUGCCGGCAUGGGCAUGUCACUACACCCCCCUCGAGGCGCCACGGGUAAACCCUUCGUCGGGUUCGAUCUGUCUGUUAUAACGGAUGAUGGCAGCGAGGCCACGCCGGGAGAACUGGGGAGGAUAGUGUGCCGCCUGCCGCUGCCGCCGGGCUGUAUGAGUACACUCCACAACGCUCCCGAACGGUUCGUUGAGACGUACUUCACGCAGUACCCGGGUUAUUACGACACAAUGGACGCAGGUGUGCGUGACACGCAGGGUUACGUGGGGGUCAGAUCACGUGAUGAUGACGUCAUUAACGUGGCGGGACAUCGCUUGAGCACCUUGGCCCUGGAGGAGGCCAUGCUGGAGCAUCCACAAGUGGUGGACGUUGCUGUAGUGGGUGUCCCCGACGCCAUGAAGGGGGAAGUUCCUCUCGGGUUGUUUGUAGUGAAGGAAGGAUGUCAGUCAACGGAGCAACAAAUAUCCGAGGAGCUGGUGGAGGUGGUGCGGCGACUGGUGGGCCCCGUGGCGGCCUUUCGUCUGAGCACCAGAGUCAAGGGCCUCCCCAGGACCCGCUCCGGCAAGACCGCCAGGAAGAGCAUCGCAGAGUUGGCCCAGGACAAGGCCAUCAAGAUCCCUCCCACCAUCGAGGAUCCUUCUGUUUAUGACGAUAUACUGAUGGCUCUCAGACGACGCGGCUUCGCUCUCAACGCUCCUGACCCCAUAAAGCCCUGACCUGCCCACGCUCCUGACCCCAUAAAUCCCUGACUUGCCCACAGAGCCGACGUUCUAGGCGUAUGAAUAACCCACCCAACUGAUUACUAAAUUCAUCUGGCAUAACCUCAAACUAACCUUAACCCAACCCAACCAAAUCCAAUCCAGCCAUGAUAACAUACACAUAAGGCAGGAAUGAAGAAAGUUGACCAGCCUUCAGCACAACACCACGCGCUCUUGUCACCAGAUACCAACCACGAGGAACGCCGUAGUUAUUAUUGACUUAAAGUGAAAGUUAAAUUGGACGUGUACAGAAUUUUGUGUUUUUAAUUUAGGUUUUGUUAAUGGUUGAUGUGUAAUGAAGAUCAAUUAGAUAAUGAAAUGUGAUGGUUUUAGGUGUGUAGUUAGGUUAGGUUUUGUUGCCUGAACCUUCAUUAGUGGUUAAGUGUGUAGUGAGGAUCGUGAUAGAGCAUCUAGAGGUUUGAGAGAUGGUGGUAAUUGCCGCAUCAAGAAUACCACCACACCAGUCCACCACCACGUCACCACACGACUAUUACCAUCUCAUCACCACACUACCUCACUACACUACUAUCACCA